ACGAAGCGUUGACAUCGAAAAAAGCUAGAAAAUAACGUCUACAGUUUCCAGCGACGAUCAGCGACGUAUAAAGCCAGCAACGCGUACCCAAUGCCCAUUCAGAGUCACAGACUCGCACAGACCCCACACACAGAUCGAUUGCCAUGACGUUGGAUAAGGAUAGGCCCAGUCUCUGCUUCUACACGAUAGCACUGCUGCUCGUGUGGCUGGCCGUCAUUAAACUGGCCACUGGCGCGCCACUGAACGCAACCACAAUUGCACCACCACUAGCAACAACAGCAACAACAGCAACAACAACGACAACAACAGAGAAUACACCCUUCUCCAAUCCGCUGGUGGAGCACAAUCACGAAAGGAAUUGCAAAGCACUGUGCGAACAUUGCGGCUGCAUCGGCUUCUAUUGUGGUGAGGAGUGCAUUUGCGAGUGCAACAAUGAGAACUCAGAUACCGAAUGCAUUCGCACAAUGCAGACGAAUGCCAAAGCCCUGGAGAUACCCUACCAAAUUCUGAUCCAGGGGCCCAGCAGCAACUGCUUUGUGCGCAACGCCCUCCAGUUCGAUGCCAAUGCCACCGACAACAAAGCACGCAAGCGCCGCUCCACCAUCACCAUCUACAAGCCCUCCCUGCUGGGGCAGUCCGCCUCUAAUAGCAAGCGUGCGGCAUAUGCGGCCAAUGCCUUGGAAGCGGUUGCGUCAGCUAAGAAAUCGGAGCUAGAUCUGGCCCGUCACAAGCGCUCCGUGGAUCAUCUGGAGUGGUUCAACGAUUUUGCCAGCACUCUGGUACGCCCGGCGCCUGUGGGCGCCCGAGCAGCCAAACAGCGUGAAGAGAAGGCCGCUCAAGUGAAGCGUCAGAGCAGCGCCGAUAUGACGUCCCAUCGAGAGCCCUGGUUUCUGGAACACAGUAUGCCUCGACUGACGCGUCCAGCACCGCUUCAGCGGCGCGGCCAGUCACAAGACCGCUCCAGCAAGGCAGCCAAGAAGCCGAGCACCGGACGCAGAGUUGUUGCGAAACCAAAUGUGUCGGCCGAGACGCCGGAGCCGGAAACGCGUGAGAUACGCCCACUGCGGGAUGCUCUGCAAGUAGUGGAGAAUCUACCACGCGUUUUUCAGAACACCGUCAACAGUUUGACGUCCUCGGAUAGUCGGAGCGGCGACAUGUUCAGUCUAAACAUAAUGAACGACGUUAUUCCCAAGGCCAUCGGACGCAACGAACGCCCCAAAAAGCCCCGCCGUCAAAGCGAAAAAGUAGCUGAGACCACACCGGCCCCGCCCAUCCCCACCCAGCCGCCGCCACCGCUGCCACAUCGAAACCUCUUUCUGCCUUGGCUGCGGGAACGUCGUCUGAUGCGCCGUCUCCAGCACGGACUUCCAGCGGUCCACUGAUAGCAUCAUCCACUACUAAUAUUUACACCUAUUGUUGUAUAUUUUUAAGGCUUUUUCUGUAUUUGUGCAUAAUCGUGUGUGUGUGUGUGUGCGUAUGCUCAAAUAAAUCCAUUGCAUUCUCAA